CCUACACAACCUUGAAUUACCUACCACUUACCUAAACAAAGUUACCCCUACCUUAGCUACUACGGUCAAGAAGAGAAUAGCGAGAUAUGUCAGCCAAAGAUACCGCCUCCCAGGAGUUCACCUCCUAUUACCUCCAGCAAAGUACCAAGGAAUUCGCAGAAGAUUUGGACAAUAUUCGCAACGCUGAUGACUUCAAAGGCGAUGCCGUGGGCAUGCUCGUCAAAUCCCUACAGCAAGGCAUCACCUUAUUCUCUACUAUAGAGAAGGAGAGAAUACUUAGUUCGCAAAAGACUACCGGUUUGGAGAAGGAGUGAGACAUGA